CGGGGCCGCUGCCGCCUCCUCCUUCUCCUCCGGCUGCCGACAUGGGCGAGAGGCUGGAGCUGCGGCUCAAGUCGCCCGUGGGAGCCGAGCCCGCCGUCUACCCCUGGCCGCUGCCCGUCUACGACAAACACCAUGAUGCUGCUCAUGAAAUUAUUGAGACAAUUCGGUGGGUCUGUGAAGAAAUCCCAGAUCUCAAGCUUGCUAUGGAAAACUAUGUUUUAAUUGACUAUGAUACAAAAAGCUUUGAGAGCAUGCAGAGGCUUUGUGACAAGUACAACCGAGCCAUCGAUAGCAUUCACCAGUUGUGGAAGGGAACCACCCAACCGAUGAAACUGAACACUCGUCCCUCCAACGGGCUCCUCCGGCAUAUCCUGCAGCAGGUGUAUAACCACUCGGUGACUGACCCUGAGAAACUCAACAACUAUGAGCCCUUUUCCCCAGAGGUUUACGGAGAAACUUCCUUUGACUUAGUGGCCCAGAUGAUAGAUGAAAUUAAAAUGACCGAGGAUGAUCUGUUUGUUGACUUGGGCAGUGGUGUGGGUCAGGUGGUGCUUCAAGUGGCUGCAGCCACCAACUGCAAACAUCACUAUGGUGUGGAGAAAGCUGAUAUUCCAGCCAAAUAUGCUGAGACGAUGGACAGAGAGUUCAGAAAGUGGAUGAAAUGGUAUGGGAAGAAACAUGCAGAAUACACACUGGAAAGAGGUGACUUCCUCUCAGAAGAAUGGAGAGAGAGAAUUGCAAACACAAGUGUUAUUUUUGUGAAUAAUUUUGCCUUUGGUCCUGAGGUGGAUCACCAACUGAAGGAGCGAUUUGCAAACAUGAAGGAAGGUGGAAGAAUUGUGUCCUCAAAACCUUUUGCACCUCUGAACUUUAGAAUUAACAGUCGAAACUUGAGUGAUAUUGGCACUAUAAUGAGAGUUGUGGAGCUAUCACCACUGAAAGGGUCUGUGUCGUGGACCGGGAAACCAGUUUCUUACUACCUGCAUACUAUUGACCGAACCAUACUUGAAAACUAUUUUUCUAGUCUCAAAAAUCCAAAACUCAGGGAGGAACAAGAGGCAGCUAGACGUCGACAACAAAGAGAAAACAAGAGCAACACAACUACGCCAACGAAGGUUCAAGAAAAUAAAGAUUCUGGUGCUGAAGAAGAAAAGGCUGCAGCAAAUUCUGUUAAAAAGCCAUCUCCCUCUAAAGCCCGGAAGAAAAAGCUGAGUAAAAAAGGAAGGAAAAUGGCAGGCAGGAAACGGGGACGUCCCAAGAAAAUGAACACUGCAAACACAGAGCGCAAGACCAAGAAGAACCAAACUGCACUAGAACUUCUGCAUGCUCAAACUGUUUCACAGACAUCUUCAUCCUCUCCUCAGGAUGCAUACAAGUCACCUCAUAGUCCAUAUUACCAACUACCUCCUAAAGUGCAACGGCAUUCAUCUAACCAGCUACUGGUGACACCUACCCCACCUGCACUACAGAAGCUGCUAGACUCUUUCAAGAUCCAAUACAUGCAGUUCAUGGCAUAUAUGAAAACUCCUCAGUAUAAAGCAAGUCUGCAACAGUUACUGGAGCAGGAAAAGGAAAAGAAUGCUCAGUUGCUGGGGACAGCACAGCAGUUAUUCACCCACUGCCAGGCACAGAAAGAGGAAAUCAAGCGUCUUUUUCAGCAGAAACUUGAUGAGCUUAAGGCACGGUGUGAAGAGCUGAAGCUGGACUGGUCAACAUUGUCACUGGAGAACUUGCUGAAAGAGAAGCAGGCAUUGAAGAAUCAGAUUUCUGAGAAACAAAAGCACUGUUUGGAAUUGCAGAUCAGCAUUGUGGAACUUGAGAAGAGUCAAAGGCAGCAAGAGCUUAUGCAACUGAAAUCAUACACACCGUCUGACGAGUCCCUGUCAGUACAGCUACACAAUAAAACCCAUUUGAGCCGUGAUCCUGAGGCUGAUCAUGGCAGGUUCCAACUGGAGCUGGAAUGCUCCAAGUUUCCUAUGCCCCACAUCAACGGCAUGAGCCCUGAACUGUCCAUGAACGGCCAUGCUACUCCCUAUGAAAUUCACAACGCCUUUAGCAGGCCCUCUUCCAAGCAGAACACCCCUCAGUACACAACCUCUCACCUGGACCAAGAAAUAGUUCCAUGUACCCCAAAUCACAGCAGCAGACAGAAGGCAGACAAGAUGACAAGCUUGUCCUUACCUGACUAUACCAGGUUUUCCCCAGCUAAAAUCGCACUAAGGAGACACUUGAAUCAAGACCACGGAGUCAAUGGAAAAGCAACAGCUAAUGAGAUACAGAGAGCUGACCAUGUCAAAGAGAAUGGCCUUACAUACCCAAGCCCUGGUAUUUCAAAUGGCAUAAAGCUGAGUCCACAGGAAACUCGGCCCUCUUCCCCAGCGGCCUUACCAGUUGCAGGCGAGAAGGUUUUGAGAGAGAGAACCUCUGUGAGUAAUGGAGAAACUAUCACCAGCUUACCUAUCAGUAUUCCUCUCAGCACAGUGCAGCCCAAUAAACUCCCUGUUAGUAUCCCUCUGGCCAGCGUAGUCCUACCUAGCCGUGUUGAGAAGGUGAGAAGCACACCUAGCCCAGUUCACCAGAGUAGAGACUCAUCGACACUUGAAAAGCAGAUUGGUGCUAGUUCUCAUAAUGGCGUAAGCAAUGCUGCUGGAAACAAGCCACUGGCUUUGGCUACCUCAGGUUUUUCUUACUCUUCUGGCUCCGUGGCAGUCAAUGGAAAUCUUACAAACAGCCCAGCCCAUCUUAACCAUAGUGUUGAUCAGGCAGCUCUGGACGACUCUGGGAGUCUGUUUAACUCAGUAGGGUCUCGGAGUUCCACUCCACAACAUCCUUUGCUAAUGAUGCAGUCAAGGAACUCUGGGCAAAACUCCCCUGCUCACCAGCACUCAACAAGCCCCAGGUUAAAUGGCACAUCCCAGAGCCUGGUAGGGGUAUUGCAAUAUGCAGAUGCUCAGAAGAUGUUUGCCGAAGGAACAAAGGGGGAUCUUCAGUCUGAUGCAGCGUUUUCAGAUCCUGAGAACGAGGCCAAGAGAAGAAUCAUCUUUACAAUCUCUCCUAAUACAGGACAUGUAAAACAAUCCCCUUCCAACAAGCACAGUCCUCUGCCCACGAGCGCUCGGCUGGACUGUGGCCAAGCACACGCGCAGGAUGGGAAGAAGCGAGGCCGGCGGAAGAGAUCCUCCACUGGGAAUCUCAGCGGGAACUCCGGGGUCUCCCCUAAACGCAAAUCCUUACCUACUGUGUCUGGACUCUUUACACAACCGUCAGGUUCACCGCUCAAUAUCAACUCCAUGGUCAAUAACAUUAACCAGCCUUUAGAAAUAACAGCCAUUUCCUCUCCUGAAAACUCCCUGAAGAACUCUCCUGUUCCUUACCAGGACAAUGACCAGCCCCCGGUACUGAAAAAGGAAAAGCCCCUGCUUCAGACCAAUGGUGUUCAUUACUCUCCUCUAACGUCAGAUGAAGAGCAGGGAUCUGAAGAUGAGCACAACAGCAGCAGAAUUGAGAGGAAAAUUGCAACAAUCUCAUUGGAAAGCAAAUCUCCACAGAAGACUGUUGAAAAUGGUGGCAGCUUAGCUGGGAGGAAACAAGCACAAAGCAACGAGAGCAUGAACAGCAGUAAAUGGAAAUCUACUUUUUCACCAAUAUCUGACAUCAACCUGACCAAAACUACAGAUAGUCCCUUGCAGUCGGUUUCAUCUCUGAGCCAGAAUUCGCUGUUUGCCUUCAGGCCCUCCACUGAGGACAGCUUUGCCAUGGAUGCCAAGAUCACAGCACACCCCAGGAAAAGCAUUGCCAUGCCCUCCUCCGGGACAGAUGGGCUCAGCCCCAGUACAAACUCCACUAAUGGCUUUCCAUACAAUGGUGGACUGUCAAGUGACAUGGGUUUACACAGCUUUAUCGAUGGUGCUUCUCUUCCACAUAAGGCUUCAGAUGUGACGACUUCCAACUGCACCCUGGGUUUCCAGUCACAGCGAAGCAAAGAUGUGGGGGUAUCGGAAACGAAUCCUUUCUUGAACAAGAGGCAACUCGAAGGCCUCAGCAGCACGAAAGGAGAAGACUUAAAUCGGGCAGGGGUCAAAGGCAAAGAGAUCAACGAGAUCAGCAUCCGCACUGGGGGUUCUGCAGACAAAAACUCUUUGCAGCAUAACGGAAAGGUUGGCAAAGGACGGGACCGAGAUGUGGAGUUCAAAAAUGGCCACAACCUUUUCAUUUCUGCUGCUGUUUCCUCUGGUGGCCUUCUGAAUGGGAAAAGCCUUUCUACUGCUGUUUCUUCAGCAGGCAACCCAGCAUCUUCUGUUCAGACGCACCAUCCUUUCCUAAACACUUUGACCACUGGAUCACAGUUCCCCCUCGGCCCCAUGGCCUUGCAAGCAAACCUCAACUCGGUGACAAAUUCCUCAGUAUUGCAGUCCUUAUUUAAUUCAAUGCCAGCUGCUGCCAGUCUGGUCCACGUGUCAUCAGCUGCAACCAGACUGACUAAUUCUCACACUAUGGGGAACUUCUCUCCUGGGGUUACAGGUGGAACAGUUGGAGGUAUUUUUAACCAUGCGGUGCCUUCUGCCUCCUCUCCUCAUCAGUUUGGAGCCAGUUUCAGCAGCAGUGCUGUCUCUAGCAGCACAGUGCUAAGCUUAAACCCUCUGCAGGCUGUUGCCAGCACCUCAUCCUCAUCCUUCCCACCCCCUUCCUCUAAUUUAGUAACAUCUAGUGAGACUAGAUCUGCUCAGCACCUCAACAGAGCGCCAGUGCAAUCUGUUUUCCAUCCCCCUCCUAACGUUUCAUUGCCCCCACCUCCUCCAUUGCUCGCUUCUAACUCCGAGCCUGCGCUUCUGCAGAACCUGCCAUCCAUCCCACCUGGUGAAGCCUUUUUGCCACCCUCUUCUGCUGCUUCUGUCCAACCUGCUAACGCUUCUUUGUCUAUUAAGCUAGCUUCUCUCCAGCACAAAACCUCCCGCCCCUCCUUUACAGUCCAUCACCCGCCUCUGCCCCGUUUGGCGCUGGCACAGUCCGCGCCCAUGAUCACGCAGUCCAACGCUGCUGGCACGGCCGCUCUGUGGGUCACACUUGGCAUGCAGCCUCCUUAUGCUUCGCACCUUUCUGGGGUUAAGCCACGAUAAAGAGCUUGCUUAGCUAACAGUUCUUAUUUUGUAAGGUAAGGCUAGAGCGAACAAAAGAGGAGUUCUGUACAAGAUGCUGAAUGAUGCUUCUUGCUUUUCAGAGAGAGGUUGGGGAUGGGCUCUGGGAAAGGAAAACAUCUCGAAUGUGGGAAGCAAAUGAGCUGAUGGCAGAGGAUGGAGAGUCUUGAUGCUCUCUGUUCUGGGAGUCAGGAUUUCUCGACAAGGAGUGCUCACAAUAUCUCUGGUCUGUCUUGUCUGACAUGAGGAUUAUGUUCAGGUUGAGAUCACUUCAUGAAAAUGUUUAUUUUGAAGAUCAGGAAUCAAGAGGAAAUGUCUAUUUUUAUGUAUGGUUUUUACAGUUACUGGAAGUGGUUGUUGCCUGUUCCCCCCUCCCUCCUUGCCUUCUGACACAGACUGUUGCAUCUCCCCACGUCCACGUCUGCAGUAGCGUUAGGCUGCCUGGUGGUGCUGCUUUGUGACUCUCUGUGGCCAUGUGGUCGUCUUGGUUUUACUGCCACUCAGUAACAACUGCUCUAAAGAACCACAGAGUUAAAAAUCUCUGGUUCACGAGCUGCAGCUUUGUCUUGCAGAGCAAAUGCACUGGUCUUGCAUCGCACUACAUGUGCCCCCUGCAUCAGUGGCAAACACAACCGCAAGUAGCAAAGGGUUGUGAUUUAUCUGUGUGCUACCGCUUCAUUGGGCUUGCCUGCAAGGGCUGAGAGUCACCAGCUCACCAGAUGCUCUGUUUAUCCUUACUUGGCAAUCACUGGCUUACUGAGUACACUGUGAAUGAGAACACAGGGAAUGUUCAGGGUUAACUGUGCUCCGUGCUUCAUAAAGGCUGGGGCUGCAGAAGAGAGGAGGGGUUCUGGAGACUGUGUGCAUUUUUACUGAAGCAGGUAUUUCAAUGUCUUUAGAGCAACUCCAGAAUAAAGUGCACCACUACAGAGUUGGGGUCUGUUAAUGGAAAUCCUCUGUGGCAUCCUGAUGUAACAGCUUGUGCUUGCAAAGUGAAAUCGGUCUGUUAGGCCCCAGGGCUUGCUCCGUGCUUUUCUUGUAGGUCUUUAUAUGUUGUUGCUGUUCUCUGAUACCAAAGCUACAUACAAUUGAUGGUUGAAUACUCUUUGCCACUUAUAAAGUAUAUGACUCAAUUACAAUAUAUACCUGAGAGAUUCUUUUGACUGUGCCUUGUCUAUAGUGUCUUCAUCAUCAAAUUGCUCCACAGACACAAACAAAUCCUCAUUAGGCUUUUGUGAGGCAUGUAAGUAUUAAUUCCUCCUUCCAUACAAGGAAGUGAGGCUGAGUUUUGAGUAACGUGGUCCCUGCGUGCCAGCAGAGAGCAACAGUGUGAUGUGGAAGGGGCUUGAACGACCCUGAAUAGAAACAAGAUGGGGGAGAAGGGGCAAGGAGGGGUUUGUAUCUGUGACACUCAGGUGAGAACAGCGUGAAAGCCUUGUGCUGAAGCAGUUGUCUUACCUGGAAGUGAGGUUAUACUGGGCUAGACUCUGCCAUCCAUGUGAUGGGCCCUGUCACAAAAUGCUUCUGAGCAGAAUAAGCAAGGCACAAAAGUGACGUAUGGAGCAAAGUAGCUGGGUGACAAAGCUGGCCCAUGGAGCAAAGCAACAGAAACAUUGCUACCAGGAGAUGAUGUGUGGCACAUGGACUGUAGCUGUGGUCCUGCUCUGUCACUCUUGAACAUAGGUCAAAUACUUGCGCAGUUCAUUGACUUUGGUGUGAUUACUGUGCUCAAAGUCCUUGGUGAACUAAGGCUGAACUCUGGGAUCGGGGGCUAAACUGCUUUGCUUCUGUCCCAGGGUAAUACAAAAUGCAAAGCAGAUUAGUGUGGGCUAGGAAAAGGUGAAGUGCAGGGGGUUGGGGGAGGUACUUAUUUUCCCCACCUCAAAGUCCUUCAUGGGAGGACAGAGUUCAAUGUGCUUACACUGUUCAAGGCCAGGUUGGAGGGGCUUGGAGCAGCUGCUCCAGUGGAAAGUGUCCCUGCCUAUGGCAGGGGGUUGGAACUGGAUGAGCUUUAAGGUCCCUUCCAACCCAAACCAUUCUAUGAAAGCUUAAAAUGUGCUGUGGGGCCGUGUGCUGCUCCUGGAGGCAUCCUUUCUAACUGCGGCUGGGACAAGAGUUGCUCCUCCUUUGCUGGCUGGCAAGGUCUUGGAGCAGUGUAGAAAUGAUUGACACAUCUAACACAUGGUAGAGUUUUGUCUUUUAUUUAGAUGAGUCUCUUCCUCUCCUCCUGUUGUGCAGGUAACUAGGAUUUCUACCUCAACCCAAUGUGACCUAUGCAAGGACAACGUGGACCAACUUCACUCGGCUUCCACUGAAAGGUGCUCACCUGGCCUGUGCAGGGGUUUCUACUCUCUUACUACUGGACAAAAUAAAACCAUAAAAAGACCUAAACGACAGAAAAAAGAUUUACUGUGAAUCUGAGUUCAAAAAAAACAAAAAAAAAGACAAAAAAAAGGCAAAAGAAAUGCUUAAAGCUCCAGUUUGUAUUGUUGAUAGUUUAGAUAAAGGUAUUUAUCUUUUUUUUAAAGUGAAAACAAUUUUGACUUAUUUUAUUCCACCUAGAAUCAUAAACACAACUUAUUAUUAAAUUUUCUGAUGAAUAAAGGACUGGCACACCAGCAGAGAUGUAAAGAGCCUCCUCUCGGUGCUAUUUCAUCCGUCAGAACUGUGCCUCUAGUUUGAAUCCUUGGUGCUGAAUUUGGAGGGUUGAGCAAUGCCAAACCCAGUUCUCAGAAGGGUCUGCAGUUUAUUUAUUCACCUUCCUCUGUUCAUAUGCCGAAAGCCAUCUGGUUUGCAGCAGUGGGAGCUACAGAGAAAGGCAGGCUUCUAACUAAAGCUGCGUUUUAACUGGAGUUCUGUUAACUGGGGGGGGUUUAACUGUGUUCAUUACCAACCAGAACUCGGGCUCCCCUCUGGGGUGGCAGCUAAGAGUCCUUGGGUGGCCCAGGUGAGCUCCACCAGCUCAGGCACCUUUGAAAGGAGAAAUCCCAAGUCCUGCCCCAUUCAAACUACUUCACUGGGCCAUUUGCCAUUGCUGGUGGCACUCAAGUCACUGUGAAUUUUGGUAGCUAGUCUGGUACCUUGUUUUGGGAUGUCAUUGGCAUAUGAACAGGGUGUGUGAUCACUGGUAUUGGUCAGGCCCUUGCUACAACGUUGGGAAGACUGAACAUAGGGCUUCUGUCCUGGUGCAGGUAGCAGAUUUUCUCAGCUUGCUGGUUUUUGUUCCAAGUACAAUGUAUUUUGUUAAUAGGGUUUUGAUACUUGAGUCAGAAAUGGAUCAGCCGUGUACAUUGAUGGACAAAGUGCAUUUUGCUUUUGUAUUUCCUUGCUUUUAAGUAGGUCUAAGUGGUAGUUCACAAAAACACCCCGAUCUCGCCUAUGUGCUGCCACACCAUCCGACUGGUGCAGUUCUUGUAUUGUGACUUGGUGUUCUGUGUACAGAAAGGGCUGCUCCGAGCAGCAGCUGUAUUUUAUAGAGAUGUGAUGAGAAAAAUAUAAAUUUCAUAUACUUUAAUUUCAUUUAUUUUUAGAUUGUACAAUGCACAGUAAACUUGUAAAAACUUAUUUAUUCGAGUGCACAAAGGGAGGAGGAGGAUGAUCCAUUCAGUAGAGAUCACACUGGGCUGUGGUUCAGACUGGACCAGGUACCACUAAAGGAAACUACAGUCAAAGAAGGGGAAUUGCAACAGCAAAAUGAUGUUUAGGCUUUGAGGACCAUCUUCUUGCCAGGCCUGUGCUCUGAGGGGUCACAGCAUCCCAUGGUCACAAAGAACAUGUUCAUAGCUGCUUAACUCCUGCCUCAGGUUUGAAGUCAGCACAAGACCUCUGCCCUGCACGCUCCCUUGUGUGCUCGCUCCUGCUGCCUGGCUCCAUGCGGAACGGCUGCUGGCAUAUUCCAGAGUGGUCCUUGAACUCUACAAGCUCCUAUAGAUUUCAGUGAGGCCCUUUCCUCUGUACCUCAUCCCUGGCAAUCUUAGUGGAGAUCUAGGACAAAGUGCAGUUCUUCUGGUGAUUCCCAAGUGUGUCUUCCAUGGGAAGCCUUUGUGCGUGGAAAUUGUUGCUCUGAGUGCGCCGCCUUGCUCGCUGGAAUGGGAAGGGAUGGAUAGCCCGGGAAGUUAGGGACCGUUUGGAAGCGUUUUCUGCUUUGCAUGUGGGAGAGGACUUGACAGCGACGUGCCCUGCUGAGUUACUAACAGUGAGAUGGAAACCUGGAAAAGGGCAAAGAUGCUCAGAGGGUGAGAGCUGAGAAGCAUCCAGUAGCUUCUAGUAGAAGCCAUACACAGUUUAUGUCCUGGAAUCCAGGAAGACAAUGUAACCCAGAUGUUUUGCAGCUGGGAGUUGGGCAGCUCCAGCUUCUUGCAGCUCCGUGGGUGACUGGGAGUCACAGAGCUGCCUUAGCAUCCUUCCCAGCAGGCGGCAGAAUGCUCAGUCUCUAAAGGCUUGAACGUGGUACGCUGUGCCUGAGCAAUUGCUGGAGGGGCAACGGUGUUAUUUCUGUCUCCCCCCUAUCAUUUAUAUCCCUGCUGAGAAAGAUGAGGGCACCCAAGCUUUUAAUUGCUGCUUUUCAGAUCCUUUUCUGCAAAGGGACCAAGAUUUGGCAUUCCUUGGACCUUUCAUGCUCCCCUUCAGCUUUGCCCUGAGCUUCACAGUAAUUGAGCAGUUGGUGUCUGGGGAGCAGGAUGGAGCUGUCAGGCCUGGUUACACCUGGCACUAAUUGCAUUGUGUGGCAGCUACGGUCUAAAUCCUUGUAAUAAUCCCCACCAGGAUGUGCUUCCAGGAAGGUGCCCCAUGGGAUAACGCUUGUGGGGAGCAGUGCUUAGAUGGGAACCAGGCGAGUGCAGGUUCUGGGACCGGUGUCUUAGGGUUGUGUUAUCCAAGAGAUGCUGCCAAGGGAUUUGUGGUGUUCCACACUCCCCGAUCUUCUCUUGCUUUGCCAUAAUCCUGGCCAGGUUCAACCCGUUUCCCCUCUGUCUGCAAAAGGGGAGAGCAUUCAUCAGGGCUGCUGAAAGAAGAGCUUUGAGCUGGUGCGGUCUGAUCCAGAUGGCUACAAGAGUGAGACCCUCCUGACCCUCCUGUAGGAAUGCUGUGCCCGAACUCUGGACCCUGUUUCCAAUAAUGGGAGAUCCUUGCGAGAAGUCAAAGCCGAGCAGCCAGUUCCAAAAGGGAAUUCCUCCUGUCUGGGUCCUCUUGUCCCAUGGCUGUCGCACAGAACCCUUCUCCUCCGUGCCGCUGCUGCCAGGGAUGUGUCAGGAAGCUCCAACACAGCUCGGAGCACGUGCGUUGCCAAGAGGGAAGAAGGAACUUCCUGAGCCCUGUGCUGAGCGAAGCCUGCUCCCGCUGCUGCCUGGCAGGAGCCAGCCCUGCUCUUGGCUGGGGAUUCACUGCCUCUGCUUUGGGCUCAGUCCACCGGGAUCCACCAGGCUGGGAGGCUCCAAAGGCACCAGGUCUCAAUGUGCUCUUUGCUGUGCAUUCAUCAUUCCUCCAUUGGCCGUGAGAUGAGGGGCACCAGCAGUCCCAUUGCUCUGCUUUUAAUGUAGAGGAGGGAGAAGGUGGGAAGAUGCUACUGGAGGACAUGAAGGAAGGGGGAGAUGCCAGCAUCAGGGAAUGCAGCACAUCCUGGAUGUGCGUGGCACCAUCUCCAGCUGGUUUCUUCCAAUGGCAGGGACUUGUGUCUGCUUGAUCAGAGAAACAGAGAAAUACCUUGUGCUUCCAUCUCAUUUCCUUCCUUCCUAAUGGCAACAACCGCUUUGUCUUCUGGUGCCCUGUUUGUGCUCAGCCUGCUGCUGGCUGCGCUUGGGCUGAAGCUGAACUCCCGGCUGCCAGCACUGGCUGAUGGGCUGUGCUUAUGGGGAUGCAGGUGAGCUGGUAGGGACUGAACCUGUGGUUGCACCUACGGCUGCAGACGCACCAGGCGGGGAGGCUGCAUCACUUGAACGUAACAGAGCCACCGGUCACUGGUGCUGUGAGUCAGGAGCUGUCAAAUCUCCAGGGCUGAGGCUCACCCAGCCCAGUUAAUGUCACUGUUGAGUCCCAUUCUUCUUUCUUUAGCCCAACUUGUACUUGAGCAGGUAACUUCCCUGCUGGAGAUCUGCCCAGCAGGUUUCAGGCUCGGUGAGCUCUUCCUUUGCAUCCGAAUCACAUCUCAAUGCUUCAGUAUCCCUUGGCCAUGGGGCCGGGUGUGUGUAGGUGCCUUCAAGAGUUUCCUGCUGAGAGGUUCGGUGCCACUUCUUCAACCUCCUCCUUUCAGGGACUGGGUGAGGUGGCCUUUAAAGGUCCCUUCCAACCCAACCUCCUCGGAUUCUCUUGUAUCCGCACUGGUCGCUGGGUUCGGGGGCCAGGGACGGGCAGCUCGGGGUCACCCCCAGGGACCAGCAUGGUUUGAUUCUAUGGGGAUUUUGUAUCCAGAAAGCAGCCUCUGUUCCCUGGACCUGUUCUGGUUUCCACUUGGGAGAGCCCUGAGAGAGGAGCGGCUGCGGAGCAGGGGGAGCAUCCGCGGGUGUGGAGCUGGCAUCUGCCAUGGGAUAGGUGAUGUGUUUGGUGGGAUGCAGUGGCUGGGCUGCAGCUCAUCUCCACACUGUCACCUGUGGGGACACUGGCACAAGGCCCUGGGCUGCCAAUGGUGACUCCCCUGCAGACCCAGACCCCUCCAUGGUCCUGCCUUCCUCGGCCGGUCUGGAGCUGGUGCUGAGCCCCUCCAGGUACGGUACCAAAGGUGCUUCCCCCACCCGGGGUCACUGUCCCUUCCCAUGGCAGAAGAUGCUCCUUAGGACUGAUGGGAUGGGAGGAGGCUUUGGUGGUACAACCCCUUCCUGUACUGAAGUUAGUCUUUUAGUACAGGGUUUGGAAACCUGAACGUUAUGGGUGUGCUUAUUUCUUGGAGGGAGUUACCCCAACCCACCCAGCUCUUGACAGAUUCCUUGCUUUGCCUGAGCCAAAAGCACAAAGAGGAUUAAGUGGUGGGAGCUCCACGUAAAUGAUUCCUUUGGGGAAGGGGUGGAUGUUGUAGUGGACUGCAAACCAACCAGAACGUGCUUGAAAGUGAUGGUUUGGGGAGAAGAAAUGAUUCAGUGUUCCAGUGUUUUUGUGAACUAUCCUUGCAGCACUGAGGGGACAUCCCAGGAAGGGCUUGGGAAGCUCAGAUCAGUGCUCCCGGGAGGAGUUUUCCACUUUUUUAUGGCUGUUCCAGAGGUUUUGUCCUCCUUUUGUUUUGCUCCAUAGCUUGCAUGUCAGGUUCUCACUGAACGAUGGAUUGCCACUUGUAAAGGCGGUCUUGUGCCAUGUUUUAUUUCUCCUUAUGCAUUAUAAAUAUAGAAGUAGCUUUUAAACUGAGUAUUGCAAGAAAAGAUGGGAACUUCAGGGUUGAAACCUACGACACAAAGGGAAACAUUUCAGCAGUGCUUUUGCUCGUUUUCACCCCGUUUCUGACGUUUUCCGUGGUUAAAACCAAAAUCCCAUCUCAAACAGCCGAGGUUUGGGAUGCGAACCCUGAAGUUCUUAUGCUUGGGACCCCUUGGUUUGCUCGAGGCGCUCGUGUUGCCGGUGCAGCCCCAUCCCUGUGGGAGGUUUUGGUUGUGGGGCUGAGGAGGAGGAAGGGGCUGAGCCAUCCUUUUGGUCUCAGAUGAAACCCCAACUGUUUAGGUCUCUGUUGUACUUCAUGGGGGCAGGAGGGAGAGCCUGCCCAUGCUGAGUGGGCCCUGGAUAGGGAAUGCAGGAGAUGAGGAGGUUGCUGUUGCUCAGGAAUUGAUUCGUAAACUUUUAACUACUAAUGAAAUCCAUUGUGCAGUGGAUUUUUUAACACCCCCCCCCCCCCGUUUUCUUAGGGCAGUGAUAAUGGGAUGUUUCCUAGGGAAUAGGAAUUAGUUUAUAUAAUUUUAGUCUAUUAAAUUGAAUUAUUUAAAGUUCAAACUUCCCCUAAUUUAUCUUUUUGUUGUUGUUGUUUUGUUUUCUCCUGCUCCGUUGUCCCAUCGUUCCUUUCAUUCUUCCAUAGAACUAGAAUAAAUUCUUCUGCUGUGUAUAUAUGUAUGUAUAAUAUAUAUAUUUCCACCCUGCCUUUCUAAUUCUCCCCAAUGUAAGAGUUAGGGGUUUUUUUCUUUGCUCCCCUCCCUCCACUUAAUUUCUUGUGUCUUUACCUUGAUUUGUAAUUGAAACGAUGCUUUGAAGUUUGGUCUUUAUAUUAAAGUGUCUGUAUUUUAAUA